UUUGGGGAGGGGGCGGGAAUUCCCGACGCUGAGCCGGAACUGAGCAAACACCAUGGAGCUAGUCCCUAGCGAGGUCUGAGAGUCAUUGGAGCUGCCACAGACACCAUGGGUCCCUGGGGGGAGCCUGAGCUCCUGGUGUGGCGCCCAGAAGCCGUGGCUUCAGAACCUCCAGUGCCGGUGGGGCUGGAAGUGAAGCUGGGGGCUCUGGUGCUACUGCUGGUCCUCACCCUUCUCUGCAGCCUGGUGCCCAUCUGUGUGCUACGGCGGCCUGGAGCUAACUAUGACCCUGAAAGCUCAGCUGCCCGUCAGAAAUUCCUGAGCCUAGUAAGUUGCUUUGCUGGAGGUGUCUUUUUGGCCACUUGUCUUCUGGACCUGUUGCCCGACUACCUGGCUGCCAUAGAUGAGGCCCUGGCAGCCCUGCAUGUGACGCUCCAGUUCCCCCUGCAAGAGUUCAUCCUGGCCAUGGGCUUUUUCUUGGUCCUGGUGAUGGAGCAGAUCACAUUGGCUUACAAGGAGCAGUCUGGGCCACCACGUCGAGAGGAAACAAGGGCUCUGCUGGGAACAGUGAACAGUGGGCCGCAGCAUUGGCAUGAUGGGCUGGGGGUCCCCCAUGCAAGAGGAGCUUCGGCAGCACCUUCAGCUCUGCGUGCCUGUGUACUGGUCUUUUCUCUGGCCCUGCACUCAGUGUUUGAGGGGUUAGCAGUGGGACUACAGCGAGACCGGGCUCGGGCCAUGGAGCUGUGCCUGGCCUUACUUCUCCACAAGGGUAUCCUGGCUGUCAGUCUGUCCCUCAGGUUGCUGCAGAGCCACCUUCGGGUGCAGGUUGUAGCUGGCUGUGGAAUCCUCUUCUCAUGCAUGACACCUCUGGGCAUUGGGCUAGGUGCUGCUCUGGCAGAGUCAGCUGGGCCUCUGCACCAGUUGGCCCAGUCUGUGCUGGAGGGCAUGGCAGCUGGCACUUUCCUUUAUAUUACUUUCCUGGAAAUCCUGCCCCAGGAGCUGGCCUCUUCAGAGCAGAGGAUCCUCAAGGUCAUUCUGCUCCUAGCAGGUUUUGCUGUGCUUACUGGUCUGCUCUUCAUCCAUAUUUAGGGGGCUUCAUUGUAGGGCGCAGGGGAAGUUGCCUAUCAGGUGCUUCUAGCCUUCUCUCCCCCAGGGCGUGGAAAACAGGAAAGAAUGAGGAAGGGAGGUAUGAGGACAGAGUUCUCUGGGAGAUAGGAAAGGAGCCUUUUGGGUUAUGUCUAAUGAGAGAAAUGGGCAGAAAAGAACCUGACCCCAAGCCCAAGAAACAGUAGUCAAGUCACUAAAGAUUUGAUCAGGGGACAUUAGCAUUGAAGCAGACCCUGACUGCCAGGGUCAGAGGUCACACACUACUCACAUGGGCAAACUGACACUGGGGAAGCUGGAGGUGGUGGGUACCCAGCCACAGCUACGGUAGGAUAAAAACAUAGAGGGCAGGGUCCAGAAUCAGUAGCCUGUUUGGCACCCUGCCACCUUCAGUGGACCCUUCCUACUUUUCUUAUCUCCUAUAUAUACCUCCUGCUCUUCUCCCAGGGGCACUAGUGCCAAAUAGCCUCUUCGUACCAAUUUCAGUACCUUCCUGACCUCCCUAGUCCUGCUCACUCCUCUGUUUUUAAAGUGCCAAACAAAUCCCCAUUUUCUCAAAGCACAGAGAGAUGGCAGUAGGCUCUGCCCAACACCUCAGUGUCAGGGACCUACUUGUUUUUUGUUUUGGUUCUAUAUUUUGGAUGGGGCAAAAAUUUCAGCUAGGCUGGCUUGAGGGGAGACCUGUGAUCCCCUGCUGCUGCUGCACCCUAGGAAUAGGGAAGGGUCGUGGACAUGGUGUAAAUACAGGUGGUAAACACAGAGCUGCCAAACAUUUUUUAUAUCUGAUGAGCCCAGGGGGAGGGAAAUGUCCAACCCCAGAGAUAUUUUUGGGAAGGGAGGGCUAUGUAUAGGCCGUAUUCUCUAGAAUCUAUUUUACUAAUUGACCUGUUUUGGAACACAUCAGCCAAAUAAAAGAUGUUUGUAUACA